UGCUAAAAUCUGUUUUUUAACAACUCAUGUUGGGGGCAAACAUGUAUAGAUAGAGAGGGCCGUCCAUCACUGGUCCCACCAUGGUGCUGACCACGAUUAUGCCCAUGUGUAUGUAUGUGGAGGCUUGGCCUCUGCUGGCCCCCACUUUUUUGCCAACCAUGAUUGCAUCCACAUAUUCACACACCGAGACACAAACAAACAUACAGACUCCAACAGUGGUCAAACUGUGAUACUAUAACUUGGAUAAAAGCUCCAAAUUAUGAUCUCCUUACAAUGCCGAUGACCGAAUAUUGGUGGAGACUGCCCUCCUUCUGUCCAUGUGCCAUUACCCCACUGAAAUUUCACACACACGUCUGCUGAUAUACAGCCUGUCGAUCACUUUAAUGCAUUCUCAAAGCAGGACACCCCCCCCCCCCGCCCCCCCAUCUGACACUGAUGUGGAGCUUUUCCUAGAUAUAGGUCAAUGGCAUCAAAUCCCUGAAGGCACUGAGCUAAGAGUAGUCGGCUGCCACCAAAAAAAGACAUUUCUCAUCCUUCUUUGCAAGCAUCCCCACCAUCGAGCAGAUAAUCAGCGACCCCGUAUAAAUCUGCCCAGAGUGCUUCAGCUUGGCACACUUUCACCCUGCCGCUUUCUGUCACAGCCAGCACACCAGUUUCCCUAGAAGGUCAUUCGGGACAGGAUGUGGAAGCUCCUGGAGAGCAGCUGGAUGAAGUUCGGACCGGCGGGUAGAGGUGCAUAUGACUGGGUUACUGGAGCCCCGCCGCCACUCAUGGAGAAGCAGCUGCAGGACGAACAAUGGAAUGAAUUUCCUGUGCACGGCGACUCGGAAGUGGAGAUCAUCUUUUAUUUCGUUCUGCCGACAGCCUCGCUGCUUUUAAUCGGGAUUCUCGCCUUCCUACUCUACCAGAGGUGCGGCCACCGCAAGACGUGCCCGAGCAACAUCGUGACGGUGGAUCUGCAGGAGGACGGAACCAGCGCAGCAGACCCCCUGGCUGUCUUGACAGCUGAGAGCGAGCAGUGUCCCUUCGAUGGCUCCCAUACCGAAGGGGUCUUUCUGAUGGUAUAUUUGCCACCACCCUAUGAAAAGACCGUUACGAAGAUAUCUAAAGUGGGCAGCGACGAGCCAACGUCACCGGAGGUGCUGCUGCCCUUUCAGCUGGACGUGGAGACAAAGUCAUAG